AUGAGUACCCCACGCGUCCCGACUAUCGACGACAUUAGACUGAAACGAUGCUUCAUCUGCCUCGAAGAAACGGUCGCAAAAGAUCCUUGGGUACAUCCAUGCCCUACCUGCGCGCCGUUGGCCCAUGAAUCGUGUCUUAUCCGAUGGACUGCCUCCCUCCCGGUCUCCCCCCGCCCGCGCACCCAAAAUCAGACAAUAUUUGACCUCUUAACGCUCCGUUGUCCGCGUUGUCUUCGCCCAUACGAGCUUGCGGAGCCGCUGACCGCCCGAGUGCAUACCGCCGUUAUCCUCCUCAACACGAUUUACCGGACGCUGGGCACGCUUGUAGACACCUUUGGGGCUGCAGAGCCGGGUUAUGGUGUUGUCCGCAAUGGUGGCUUACGAACUGGCGUUUUUGAGGUCUUAUCUUGGGGAGCGCCUAUUCCGCCUGAUGAUACCCAAUACGACUUCCGACCUCCUUCGCUCACUCUUCAUCACUCUCCCGACACUGCCAUUCCGUCUCUUGUUGCCUGGAACAGUCUCGAAAUGGGUUUCGCCGCUGUAUGGGGCACUGCCAGCCCUGCUUUACGGUAUUAUGCGGACAGAAACUGGGGCGAGACUAACGGGAUCGCGUUUUUUGACCCCAACACCAACCUCGACGACUGCCUCGAAUUCCCCUUCUCCUCCUCAACUGAAACCUCGGCUAUGGCCGCCGACUCCCCCUUCUCAUUGGACUGCUCGUCCCAUCCCUCAUACAACCCAUCUAUAAUUCGCUCCGAACGCGUUUGGAAAGCUAUCUCCUCGGACGUCCACCCCCGUUGCUGCCUCGACGGUACCUUACCGAGCGAGCGCGGCCGAGCUGCUGCUGGGGCCGCGAACGAUGCAAAUAACGACCAAGCCGUGAUUGCCCUUCAAGACGACGACCAGGACCCGUUGUUGCUGGCUACGCGCAUCAUUCACAAGGACCAGAAGUCGCUCACCCACGAUGUCGUCCAUGCCAUUUCAGCACUGGUCCUACCACGGGCCAUCGGCGCGGUAUUGCGCCGCUCGUGGCUGGGUGCCGCUCCUCGGGCCAACGGUCAUGCCAAGGAGGAAACGAGUGCGACUGUGGUGCUUAAAACAUUUGCGGGCCUGUUCCUGGGCGGGGUCGGAGUGUGGGCGGAGGACGAGCCAGUUUGGUGGCAGACGUCGGUGGGUUGGGGCAUAUAUGUUAUCGCAAAGGACGCUCUCGCGCUGACACGGAUGUAUUUUCAGACAGCGGAGGUCCGCAGUCGCGCGAUCAAGAGUCGGGACUUUGCGGGGGUGGAUGUGCGGGAGCUGGAUCUGGUUGAGGGAUGGGAACAGGACGGGGCAUGA